UGAAUUAAUAUCCAUAACAUAACCCCAAUAAGUAAAGCAUCGAUUGGUGGGCGUUAUUUAUUCGUUUAAGAAGUCCUAAGGAAAACAGUCAAAAUUCAGUCACCACGGGAAAAUACGGAAAGUCACAGCACUAUGAAGGAGCCAGAGGUGGAUCCGAAAAACAUUAUAAAAAGUAGAGAACUCCUCUACAGACUUAUCAUCAGAUAGCUCAUCCUGUAUGCGUUCGAUUUGUGGUUUAAUUUGGAAAAAUAUAUUUAAUCAAUAAAACUGUUCAGCUGACAAUCUUUCUUUGAAGCAAAUUAUAUUUUGGGUAUUGCCUAUGGGAGUAUAGUAGUGUAUAGCUCUAGUGAGGAUGGUCUAGAACUGUGGAGAGUAAUGAACGGAUUUAUAGGAAAUAAUUUUCAUUUCAGUCAAUUAUUCUAUGAUGGACAUCAAACACUUGCAGUACAAUUGUCCAAUAUAAUUCAAGCAGAUCCUCCGUGUCCUCCUUCAGAUCGUUUACUUCAUUUGAUGCUAACUGGAGCUGCCCAUGAACCAGAACGUGCAAAGAAAGAAACUAAUCAUGUACCAACAUUUACAACUUUUGAUACUACUCUGGGACCUGGAUUGGAUCUUGAAUUUGAAACAGAAGCUCAAACUCAGGCACCUGAACCUGCACAGUAUGAAACAGCAUAUGUCACAUCUCACAAGGGAAAUUGUAGAGCAGGAGCAUUCUCAGCAGAUGGUCAACUUAUUGCAACGGGCUCGGUAGAUGCAUCAAUAAAGAUUUUAGACGUUGAUAGAAUGCUAGCCAAAUCAGCACCAGACGAAAUGGCACCAGGUGAUCAAACAGGGGGUCAUCCUGUUAUCAGAACAUUGUAUGAUCAUCUGGAAGAAGUGACCUGUUUAGAGUUUCAUCCAAGAGAGCCCAUUCUUGUCUCUGGCAGCCGAGAUUUUACUGUGAAGCUAUUCGAUUUCAGUAAAGCCAGUGUUAAGAAGGCCUUUCGCACUAUCACAGAUGCAGAUCAAAUACGAUGUUUGUCAUUCCAUCCCACUGGCGAUUUUCUUGUUGUGGGAACAAAUCAUCCUGUUGUCAGAUUAUACGAUGUGAAUACGGGACAAUGUUUUGUGUGUAGUAUACCAAAUCAUCAGCACACAGCUGGUAUUACUAGCAUUAAGUAUUCUCUAGAUGCAAAGACAUAUGCUUCUGCUGGUAAAGAUGGCAGUAUUAAAUUGUGGGACGGAGUAUCAAAUCGGUGCAUAAAUACGUUUGUCAAGGCUCACGACGGAUAUGAGGUUUGCUCUGUUACGUUCACGAGAAACGGAAAGUAUUUACUGUCAUCAGGGAAAGAUUCGUUAAUUAAAUUAUGGGAACUUUCAACCAGCAGAUGCUUAAUUGCUUACACAGGUGCAGGAACUACAGGCAAACAAGAACACAAAGCUCAAGCUAUAUUUAACCACACGGAAGAUUAUGUGAUGUUUCCCGACGAGGCUACUACGUCGUUGUGCGCUUGGAACUCGCGAAAUGCAUCGAGAAAACAACUAUUAUCAUUGGGUCAUAAUGGCCCAGUGCGACUGAUUGUACACUCACCUACUGCACCAGCCUUUUUAACUUGCAGUGAUGAUUUUAGGGCACGAUUUUGGUUCAGGAGAAUGCCUACGCAUUAAUAGAGUGACAAAGACUACACACUAAAGAAAAAGAUAAUACACUUUUAUUUUGGUGAUCAUCGACAACAUUACCUAAGUACUCUAAACAGUGUAUAUAACAAGCAGCUUGCUCGACAGGCUUUUUAUUUUGGUACAAAGAUCUUCAUUGGGAUAAAAUGUACAGAUAACAUUUACGUCACAUCGUAAAUGGUAAGCGUAAGUGAAAUUUAAUCUACGGAAGUAACACUGAGGAGAGUGACUCAGACAAAAGAUAUAGAGAAUGAAAUAACAUUGUAUGUUUUUCACCUAA